CAUCAGGCCAGGAGUCCCGGUGACGGGAAGCUCCUGGCCCAUGCAUCCAACACUGCCAUAAAACCGUCGCCCGGCCACCAUUCUCUGCCACGGAAGAAGUCCGUCAUCUCGGACACGAGGAACUCGUCGGUGCAGCAGUUCCAGCGUGCCCAAUCGUUGAGACGGAGCUGCCUGUCGCCGACGCAGUAUCAUCACCAGCAUCACCAGCACCGCCAGCAGGAGAGCUCGCUGCACUUCGAAUACUUCGUGCCGAGGAGCGUCAGCGAGUUCAACCUGGCCGCGGCGGCGGUCACCGACAUGGCGGUCCCGCCCCCGCCGCCCUCGUCGGUGCUGCGACCCUCCGCGGCCGUCACGCCCCCGUUGACCUCCGUCGCUAAUCCGUCGAACCAGUCCCGGUUGCUGGAGUGCACCGGGACUGCGACCAGGAGCCGCGAGAAGAUGGUCACCUUCGAGGACGAGGGCGUCACCUCCACCCCCACCAGGAAGAACGUCUCCGGCCUGGACAACGUUUUCAUGUGACGCUGCAACUAUCGAAUAUGGGCGGAUCUGAAGAGGAUGGACCUGCACGGACGCAGCCGUUGAGCAGCCGUGCCGAGGACGUGACCGGGGAGACCAACCCUGAAAACUUUCGGGACGGAAUAAUCUUUUCGGAAGAAGAUCGAAUGCCGGAUGAGAUAUUCGAAGUAGCCUCGCGCUCGUCAACAACGCCCUCGGUUCUCGAGGAAACGUCUCGACAAAAUUCACGCUGUUACUUCGAACGUGAAGAUGCCAAGUUUCAGUCCGGCAGCUGCGAUCGUUGAUCUCGAGAAGAAUUCCGCGAGAUCGAUCUGCGAGACCCGCUUAAGGGCUCGGCGAGGUCGAGAGCGGCGUCAUUUACUUGUUUCUGUAUGCCAGUUCGAGUUGUCGGAGCCGUCCCGAAAGUGUGAACUGUCCUCGAUCCCACGCACAAGGUGGCGAAACUGAACCAGUGUGAGAACAGUGACGAGCCAGCGAGAAUUUGUUGUGUGCGGAACGCCGUCGUCCGUCGGGAACUGACCGAGGACGACGGUGUGCAUCGAAGAAAAAGAAGGACGAGGGACGAUAGUUAAUAUGAAGGAACACGGAGACAAGGUGUGCUUUCUGGAACAGGGGAAUAGCCAGGAGGAAGUCGACACGAUGCUACCGGUGUACAGAAUCUCUGUAAGAAAUUAGAGGCCGGCGGGGGCGCGUCAAGCUCCACGAGUUCCCGGUGCCCGGCAGAAAGAAAGACGCUAGAUUUCUACCGUUUAAAUUAUAACGACCGUUACUGUAACACUAAUCAAUACUCUCUUAUCGCUGCUGAUACUCUUCUUCUUACUAUUAUCGUUGCUAGGUUACACAAGUGCCAGCCGGGACUGCGAAUUCGCUGGCGGGGAACUUACUUUGUACGGAACACCACUGCGAACUAUCGGACUAUGGAACUAUAUUGCCGCCUCCUCCUCUUCCGCAGGGAUCAGUUUUUCACGCGGAGUUUCGAGCUGCGCGCGCUGGCUGGACAAAACUCGAUAAUUCGGUUGCGAAACGACUGCUGAGAAUUUUCAUGUUUUCACGAGAGCGAACCAUCGAAAACGGUUCUCCGCGCAAUCAUUUAUUCUGCCGAGAAGUGCGUUUCAUGUAAAAAAGAAGAAAACAUUUUCACCCGAUUGGUUGCUGUAAUUUCCGUUUCUUUCCUUCGAAUUCGAUUCGACAGCGCGAUUUCGUUCAGUCAGCGCCAGCCUCGCGGUGAAAAUCUGCUCGGAGUCGCUCCGCCCACUUGUUCUGUGCUCCGCCCACUUUCCCCCGCCCCUGAACGUUCUACUCGCGAGACGGGUCGCGAUUGGACGUCUCGCGGUUAGCUCGGGGCUUCGCUUAUGUUUCGUUCGGAGAUUUGAGUUUCUCGGUAAUGUUGAGCGCGGAAAGAGGCGGUGUAGGAGGACAAGAAAGACACAGCCUUAAACCGCGGCCCACAGGCGGUUCACUUAAUAUUGUUACAAAAAAAAAGACAGAUAUCGUAAAGUUUAGAAGAACGGACGAUCAGGCAGCUACGAGAACGGUCUGUCCUAGGAUAACUCGUUUAAGGAAACUCGUUUAACCGACGCGUCGGGAAUCGCUUAAUUUUAAUACGGACCGAUCGAGCCGUGCUAUGUAUGCGCGAGGCACGGAGGAUGUGGUUUCGACGGUGAACUUUCACGAACCAUCGAACGGAACGUUGUUUCCUUUUUUCUUUUCUUUGUUUCCUUUUUUCUUUCUUCCGGUAUCGUAACACGGACCAAGUCCAGUCGACCUCAGUCCACGUGAAAGCAGAAUCGUUCGAUCGCUAGGCUGGAUCGAGGCUCAACGAGUGUUCAAAUACGCUGUUUAUAUAUACAUACGUGUCUCUUUCUCGAUAAAAAUGGAUUUUCAUUAAAGCAGACGAAGUAAAACCGAACGACCACCAUGGAUUUCCUUCUUUCGACCGUGAGACCCCCGGGACGUGCGGCCGGUAACGGUGAUUGGCUGUUCGAGGCCACGCCCACGCGCCGGGAACGCCCCUCGGGGCGUGCACCAUCGAACGACCAAUCGAUUUAACGAACGUUUCUCUCCCUUUUUGCACUGCGAAUGACGAAUAAAUUGUUUACAUCCUGUUUCCUUUA